AUGAAUAUCAUAGCUUUGAUGCUAGCCACUGAAGCGUAUUGUUGUGUUUGGGAGGAGGAUGCUCAACACAAAUUCAUAACUUUUAUACCUCCAAAUAUUCCAAAUAAACCGUCAUAUUAUUAUUAUUCCGGUUGUGUGACCUUUAAUGAUAUGGAACAAUUUCGUGCAGAUUUAAGAAAUGGUAUUCUUACUUAUCAAACGUUAGAUCAUACUGGGUUAAUUUUGGCACCGAUUAUGCUUGGCAAUAGCUCUACUAGUAAAUAUUUCAAGUACAUAAAACUUUAUGCUAUGCUCACUGGUAAAGAUUUGGAUGAUGUAGACAUUAAAGUAAAAUUCAUCAGUGGAUUAUCAUCCGAUAAUAAAAAGCGCACAGAAGAGUUUGGGUUUAAAAAACCUUUAAAGAUAUAG